AUGACGUUUCACUAUGGGAAGUUGAAGCUUGUACCAAGGCUUCAUUCUGUCAAGUUUGUUUUUGAUACCGCGACUCCGGCUUCUGUAGAAACGCCAGACGAGUUUGUAUUUGACAGCCCAUUUCCUAGUGGCACAGCGGGUGUUCCUGAGAAAUUCGUCUUCAAGUCUCCGAUAGCAUCAAAAUAUGCUCAAGAAGAGACCAGAAAUGUUCGAAAUACGGCUAAAUCCAACAACGAAUUUCGCCAACGCUGGGAAGCGGCUGAAAACACCGAGCCUGAGGAGAUAGCCGAACCAGGACCUUCAUACCGGACAGAUAGCGAGACACAUUCCAUAAACAAGGCUGCCGAAGGCAGUUUUGUGCGUGUUCGUGGCCCUAACUGUCAUUUGAGCGACUCUUCGACGGAUACAGAGUCACAUGUCUACGCUGCCUGGGCCUUGGCGCUCUCCUCGAGAGCUAACCAGCAGCAAGUCAGCUUUGGCCUGAGACAAUCCAACCAUGAAACAACCAAGAAAGGGAGCUUAAUGUCAGAAAUCUAUCUCAAUGUCAACCAGAAGAUGAAUGUUUUCGACUUCGUCGCCUAUGUGGAGGAUUCAUUGACGAAUUCCUCCCCCGAAGGCGAUUCAUCAGAUGAAGAGCGCAAUCUCAGUGCGGCAACAACAUCAAUGGAAUCUUUUCGAACAAGCGUUAUUUUUACAAUACAUCAAAACAAUCAUAUGCAAUCUCUCAAGACAGGAAACUAUGACUUUUUCCUAGAAUGUGCCGUCGACGGAACUGAAUUUGGUCUUUCCGCCACUUUCAACAACAAAUCUAUUUCCUCAGCAGCAGUGCGACUGUUACUCUAUGAUUUGGAGCAUAUCCUCUGGCAGUUUUCAACCGCGGCUGUAGCAACAAAAACACUGGAAGAGAUUCAAAUCAUGAGUCCUGCAAGCCAGCGCCAUCUUCUUCAGUUGAAUAGGCCGUUGCCCAGAAUAGAGGAUAGAUUCAUCCAUGAUCUUAUCAAUGAACAAGCAAGGCUGAGGCCACAUGACCAAGCUAUUUGUGCGUGGGAUGGCAACCUUUCGUAUUGCCAACUCCAAGAUCGUACCGACAUGUUGCGAGAUUACCUGUCUAGGAUGGGUGUUGGUCCGGGAACAGUUGUUCCAAUCCUCUUCGAAAAAUCAGUCUACAGUAUUAUUGCCAUACUAGGAGUUAUAAAAGCAGGCGGCGCUAUUGUGGCUCUGGACCCUUCUCUUCCUGAAGACCGCCUACACAUGAUCAUUCAGGAUGUCAACGCUUCCGCGGUUAUUUGCUCUGUCCAGAGCCAACACCGGGUCCCCUUACACAUCCCACAUCACAAGCGAGUCAUUAUCGACGACGAAUUUAUAACUAGCCUUCCAUCGGUGGCACCAACAAAAUCCGAAUCCCGUUCUCCCUCCACUGACGACGCACUCUAUGUCGUAUUUACCAGCGGGUCGACUGGGAAGCCAAAAGGAGUGGUAAUAACUCAUGCAGCCUUUGCAUCCAGCGCUAAAGGAUUUUCCAAGGCUAUUUUACUCGACAAGUCUUCAUGCCGCGUCUUACAAUAUUCUUCAUUCUCUUUCGACAUCUCCAUGCUCGAGAUUUUUACCAGUCUUACAGUUGGAGCUUGUCUAUGUAUCCCCAGUGAGGAACAGCGAAUGAAUGACUUGGCCAAUUGUAUAUCCAGUAUGGGUGUAAAUUGGGCUAUGUUGACCCCAUCAGUAGCAUCUCUUAUACGCCCAGAUGAGGUACCUGGCUUGGAUGUCCUCUGCUUGGUUGGCGAAGCACUGCCACAGGCCGUAGCUGAUACGUGGGCCGAUCAUGUCAGAGCAAUCAAUGCAUAUGGUCCUGCGGAAUGUUCAGCUAUUACCAUUGUCGAUAAGCCUAGAGUAAGAGGCUUGGAGAGCAGGUCAAUCGGUCGGCCUGUCAACUGUGUUGCCUGGAUUGUUGGAGAGAAUGAAGAGCUAGCCCCCUUCGGCACAGUCGGCGAGAUAGUCAUCGAGGGACCCCCUGUCGCCCGUGGCUACUUGGGCGAUAAGGCCAAAACCGAAAAGGUCUUCCUUGAAGAUCCAAAGUUUCUUCAAGGAGUUGUCCGCAAUCCUGGACGUUGUUACCGAACUGGCGACCUGGGCCGCAUGAACCCUGACGGCACGUUGGACUACUUCGGCCGCAAGGACAGCCAGGUCAAGAUCAAUGGCCAACGUGUCGAGCUCGGUGAGAUCGAACACUACUUGAAGAAAGUUGUAGAAUCUCUACAAUCACUACAAACAGAACUUUCCACGCCGACCUGUGAGGUUGCCGUUGAGCUCCUCCGGCCACAUCAAGGGGAACUGAACGUGCUGUCAGCUUUCAUUGCAUACACUCAUUCAGAAACAAUCAACAUAGAGAGUGAAAGCACUUUGCUCGAGGAAACAAAUCCAUUAUGGAAAAAAAUCAAGUCUCUAAGUAGAGAGGUAUCAACACAGCUAGGGCAAAGCCUUCCGGCAUACAUGGUCCCCAAGGCAAUUGUGCCGUGCCGCAAACUGCCACUAUCACCUUCUGGAAAGGUCGACAGGAAAACAUUGCGAAGCCUUGGUAAUUCUUUGACUCUACAGCAGCUCAUGAGCUCCUCAAACCGAGACAGCUUCUUUCCUUCCAAGGCUAAAGGGAGCAUUCCAUCACCUGAUCUGACUGAGAGCGAAGAUGAAACGUCGGUUGGCCAGCUUACAAUGCAGUCAGAGACUGUUCCUUCCUCAGAGGACUCUACUUCAAUUUCUUCACAGUUAGAGAGAGGACUCACACCAGUCGAGGUAUCACUUCGGAAGGCAUGGGCUAAGAUCCUAUCUAUACCUGAAAACUCCAUAAGCGCCGGCGACGACUUUUUUAAACUUGGAGGCGACUCAAUCGGAGCAAUUAAGGUCGUAGCAGCUUGCAGGCAACUGGAUCUUCAGAUCAAUGUCGCCAACAUCUUUAAGAACUCUAUUUUACGAGAGAUGGCAUUGGUCUGCACGACCUCAACAGCAAACAAAACAAAGGCGGAGCCCGCUCAUUACACGCCAUUUCAACUCAUUAAUCAGGACAACCUAAACUUGAAUGAGCUACUUGAAGAGGCCUCGUAUCAGUGCGGAGUUGAUUCAGAGGGCAUUGAAGAUUUAUAUCCUUGUACUCACAUGCAAGAAGGCCUGAUGGCAGUCAAUCUCACGCGGCCAGGAAGUUACACCGGUCGAUGGAUUCAUCCGUUACCUAGCAAUGUGGACUUAACCCUGUUUCGUAAAGUGUGGGAAAACAUACAUGCGGAAUCAGCGAUUUUGCGGACACGAUUUGCUACAACCUCGUCAGCAGGGUCUCUUCAGGUCGUACUAAGAGAACAGGUUCAAUGGCUUACGUCCGAUGACCUUGAAGCCUACCUAAAGACAGACGACGCAAACCCUAUGUUCCCCGGAGAUUCACUCAACCGAUUCGCCAUCGUUACGUCAAGUGACGACAAAAAGACCUUUGUGUGGACAAUUCAUCACAUGCUCUACGACGGUUGGUCGCUCGCCAUGCUCUGCAACCGACUGAAUGAGAUGUACCACGGGCGAACUGUAAAGCCAGCAAGCGAUUAUAGGGAUUUCAUAUCUUAUACAAAACGGCUAGAGCGAAGCAAUUACUCCGAGUAUUGGAAAAGAGAACUUCGAGGAGUCCCACAGUCAAUCUUCCCCGCUCCACUGAAGCCGAGCCAUCAAUCGAUUGCUCGUGCGGUUGUGAGAGACUCCCUGGACAUCGACUUAGAUCCAUCUUCUGGACUGACCAUGUCAACCAUCGUACGCGGAGCGUGGUCCCUCAUGAUUGGACAUUUCUCAAAUGCCGACGAUAUCAUAUUUGGCGCCACGGUUUCUGGCAGGAAUGCACCACUUGAAAACAUCGAGAAUAUUGAAGGGCCUACAAUUGCAACGGUUCCCGUUAGGGUUCGUAUUGACAGGGCCACGACUAUUCUAGAUUUUCUCCGUCAGGUCCAAGAAAAUGCAACUACAAUGAUACCUUUCGAGCAAACUGGAAUCAAGAAUAUCAAAACGUUGAACGAAGAUACGAAACGUGGCUGCGAGUUUCAAAAUUUACUCGUUGUACAGGCUGGCGGCGGAUGGGAUGAGGCUGGGCCAGGUCCCCUCGGCAAGCCGACCUACAGAGAAGAGUUCACCACGUUCCCAGUCACUUGCGAAGUCUGGCUUCAGCCGGGUCGGGUUGAGUUUGCAACGCAUGUUGAUGAAGACGUCACUAGUCGGGUGUUUGUUGCUCAGGCAAUAGAAGUUGUCAAAAGUAUCAUGGCCCAGCUGUCAUCCGCAUCUUCUAAUCAUGCCGACCGCAAAAUCACUGACCUGGUAUAUUACAAGCUACCGAAGGCUAUACAAACAACGUCUCAACAUGAAACACAGAGAACAAAACCAUCGGCUUGCGUCCAUGACCUUAUCUCAGACCAAAGUAUGGUUCAACUCGGGAGACAAGCAAUCGUAUCAACUGCCGAGAUAUUGUCGUAUAACGAUCUCGAAACCGCUUCUACAGUUCUUUCUAGACAUCUGGUUAAAGCCGGUGUAGCACCUGGAGUCAUGAUCCCGUUAUGUUUUGAAAAGUCUGUGUGGACAAUUGUGGCCAUGCUCGGAGUCAUGAAAACAGGUGCUGCUUUUGUGCCACUGGACCCCAGCCAACCCAUCUCUCGCCUUAGGAAGGUUAUUGAAGAAGUAAAGGCCACAAUAUUGCUGACGUCUUCAUUCCACUACAAAGCUACUGAUCUUGGAGUUCAUACUCGGGUCAUUGUGGAUAGAGACAACCUCGAGCUUUUACAAAAGUCGAACAACCCGUCGAUAGCACCCUUCAAAUCAAAACCCGAAGAUCCAGCAUAUGUAAUCUUUACAUCCGGAUCAACCGGAACGCCAAAAGGAGUUGUAAUUUCGCAUUCCGCAUUUACGUCUGGCGCAAUCGCUCACGGAAGUGCACUUGGUGUCUCCAGUAACCACCGAAUGCUGCAGUUUUCGUCCUAUAGCUUUGACGCAAGUUUAUUCGAGAUUCUUACUACGCUCAUACAUGGAGGAACGGUUUGCGUUCCGACUGAGGAAGAGCGCGCUGAAGGUAUCACGGAAUUCGUGAAAGAUAAUAGCGUCAAUUUUGCACUUCUUACACCGUCUGUGGCACGCUUCAUUCAGCCUUCAGAAGUACCUUCCUUGGAGGUGUUAGUGUUUGGAGGAGAAGCUCCAGAUGAGCCCCUCAUAACAAAGUGGCUCGACUCUGGGGUUCAGCUUUUCAAUGCUUACGGUCCCAGCGAGUGCAGCGUUAUUGCAACUAUCCAGUCAUGCGCCGCUGAAUCAGACCCUCGGACAAUUGGGUAUCCCAUUGGAUGCUCUGGCUGGGUUGUAAACAAAGACGACGUAAAUACUCUGGUCCCAGACGGUGUGGUCGGUGAGCUACUUAUUGAGGGCUCAACUCUAGCCCAGGGCUAUCUAAACGACUCAGAGAAGACCGCUGCCUCUUUUAUCAACAAACCCAGUUGGCUCCAUAUUUUAUCCAGCAACAACGGUGCCCGUUUAUACAAGACUGGUGAUUUGGUGCGAAAGACUCCGAGCGGAAGUUUGGUCUAUGUCGGUCGAAAAGAUCUACAAGUAAAGGUCAACGGACAGAGAAUCGAAAUCGGCGAAAUCGAAUCUCAUUUGGCCCUUGGCUCGUCUGUCAAGCUUGCAAUUGUAGUCUUUCCGUCGUCCGGGGUAUACUCACAGAAACUUGUCGCUGUGUUGAACUUGGAAGAUAAGACUGACAGUCCUGGUUUCUACCAGAGAAGUCGCAAUUUCAGCGAAGAAACGAAAAAGAUUAGACGAGAGUUGGCCAGCAAGAUCCCCAAUUCUAUGGUGCCAGCGCACUGGAUCGACAUAAAAGAACUUUCAAACGAAGGGUUUCCUCUUGCCGCUUCGGGUAAAGUGGACAGAAGAAUGAUCAAAGGAUGGCUCGAGAACCAGUUAUCCACGGAGCCGGUGUCUAUCAAUCCUACGAUGCAAGUCCUUAAUACGAGCCUCAAGAUAGGGCCGGAUGAAGGGCUUGCGUAUGAGUUGGCAGAAAAGAUCGCCUCCCUGUUACCUGCAGGCACAUUUCCCGCAGAGGGAAAUGUGUUGAAUCGCUUUGAUGAUUUGCUAUUGCACUCCUCAGGGCUGGACUCUCUCAAUAUGAUGUCCCUUUUGCAUUUCAUUCGUCUCAAAUAUCAAGUUCGAGUAAGCAUUCAGCUUCUGAUGAACGAAAAGACAAGUACAAGAAGCCUGGCUGAAUUCAUAACCAGCGCUACCAAACAGACGGCAAACGUAAUGGCAGAAGGCCUGCAAGCCCCAGUUGGAGGCCUUGAUAUCAUGGCUCAGAUCAGUAAACACGAAACCGAUCUUCUAAACAUUCCCCGACGUCUGAACAACUUUCCCAAUAGGCCACCAAACACCACAAACUUGACAGUUUUUCUAACUGGCGCCAGCGGCUACCUAGGGACUCAAAUUCUCCGCCAGCUACUUGAACAUCAAGACGUUGGGCAUGUAGUUGCUCUUGCCAGGGGUACGACCAUAGACUUAGCAAGGGAAAAAGUUGUUGAAGCAGCGCAAAAAGCUCUUUGGUGGACUGAAUUCCAUGCGGAAAGGCUCGAAGUCUGGAAAGGAGACUUGGCACUCCCGCAACUUGGACUCCAUGAAGCUCAAUGGGGGUUACUCAAGGAUGGAAACACUUUUGACAUCGUUAUUCAUAACGGCGCCGUUGUUCACUGGAGCAAAAGCUACUCCGUCCUCGAGGCUGUCAAUGUUGCUUCCACUGUUCAGCUUGUUGGACUUGCUAUAAGUAACCCUUCCAUGAGGUUCGCAUACAUAUCUGGAGGACGACAGUGCCGUGGCGAUGAUGAGCGUGAUGAAGAUGUUGCCCAGGAACUCUCCGAUUCUAUGGGCUACAGUCAGUCAAAGUUUGUGGCUGAGGUAUUGGUGAAAAGAGCUGCCGAGUGGUGUCCAGCAAGACAAAGAAAUAUUGCAGUCUUCAGGCCCGGUCUCAUCAUUGGCACACCGACAGAGGGGGUAGCCAAUCUUGAUGAUUAUAUAUGGCGGGUCACGGCAGCAAGUAUAAAGAUUGGAGCAUACAAUUCGGAUGACGGCAAUGCUUGGUUACAUCUAUCUGAUGCUUCGACAACUGCUGCGGAGGCUAUCCGCACUGCAUUCUCACCGGAAUCACGAGAGAAAUCUGUCGUACAUCAUAAUGAAGGUAUGACUUGGGGUAUGUUUUGGCGCCUAGUUAGAAGAAUGGGAUUUAAUAUCCAUUCUAAGCCAACCUCUCAGUGGCUAGCAGCUGUCCAGAAUGACAUUGCUUCGCGGAAGGAGAAGCAUCCACUCUGGCCGUUAGCACACCUCCUUGAGGACACGGCCAUGAAAUGGGAUAUACGCGUCGACAUGCCACAAGAACCACCUCUGCAACUCAAAGUCGCGGUAAGAAAGAAUAUCGAGUAUCUCAUUAGGGCCGCGUUCCUACCCAACCCUACCACGACCGGAGCUGUUCAGUCCUCAUUCUCAACAUUUUCUAGAUCGUCAACCAAGUAG